UCAGACGAUACUUUUGUUGAUGGAGAACAAAGGUAAAUUUCACAAUUUUCAAUAUCUUUAACAAAAAAUAACGUGUCUAUAAAUCAAGCAAGUGCUUGAACAGAACAUGAAGUCAUCGGUAACUAUUGGUGCGCUGUUAGCACUUGGUUGUCUUGUUUCACGCUCGGGCGCACAAUGCGAAGGACCGGCAACUGCCGACGGGUCAUCGUAUUGCGUGGGGCGUGGCUUCUUUGGGCGCUUGCUUGGUCAGUAUCAGUGGCAGACAUGUGUAAGAUCUUCCUACCUGUCCGCUGCCUCUAAUGGGACUCGAAUAUGUGCGGCAGGACAAGGGUUAUGCGCUUACAAAUGCCAGGACGAAUUGAUGGACGUUCACAAGGAGUUUGAUGUGGAAAAAGCCGACGUGACUGAAGCGUGUAGGUGUGAUCCUAAUGCCGUUAUGGUAAACGCAACCACGCUGCCGGCAAAAUGCUUUACCCCAACCGGUAUCGACUGCACCUGGCACGACGAAUGUGUACAGUCCAAAUUCAAAUGCGACUGGGCCAACAUGAAAUGGUCGAAACUCGCAUCAAGUAUGUGCCAGCUAUUUCAGACGCAUAAGAACGACUUUGACGUGAUUGGUCAACGGUGGAUAUCUGGUGUAGGCAAAUGCCUGCACGACAUGCAGGUUCCAUUCUUGCGUCCGUACGUGCGGCCUUUGUGUGAGGCUCUGACAACGGCCGGCCCGAAGAUACAAGAGCUUUGCUACAGAACCCCGGGAGGGGGAGCGCCGAAUUUAUGCGACGUCGGAUUUGUGAACUGGAUAAAAGUAGUUGGAACAGUUAGGGAGACUGUUCAAGAUGAGCAGAAUGCGAUGCAUGCAGACCCAACGAAGGAAUUGAGAGGCCUUGAUGAAAGGAUCAUUCAGGAGGGAACAGCGCUGAUAAAGGAAUGUGGUUGGGACAUCAGUCAUUUCAAAAUUCUUAAGAUGAGACUUAAAGCCCUUGACCUCAUAUCGAAAAUCUCCAGCAUUUCAAAAAUGAUCGCCGAUCAAUUGAGGAGACAGCUGGAGGUCAAAUUUGGGAUUGGUUUAAAUAAGCUUUUGAUCUUUCCGCUUGAUUUUGCAGAACACAGGGUUGGGAAAAGAAACGCCGAUGCGUAUAACACCAACGUUUUCUUUCUGAUCACUUCCAAGCAAUUGUAUGACCUGCGAGACGCCGACAGUUCAUCGUCUCUGCGAAUGGCGCCCAUUUUUGAAUACCUAGAAAAGUCCGUAUCUGAAGGAACACUGAAAGACGUCAUUUCCUUUAAAGACGCUGGUAUUACUAAGAUUGAAGUAUUCGAGUCUUUUGAGUCCGGCCGACCCGUGCAGCAUGGGGAACUUCCGGACACAAAGCUCAUGGCUGACCAGAUCGCGCUUCUUGUUAUACUGAUUCUUAUUAUAUUGUCUUCUAUGUUUGGUACUUUUUGCUAUUGUAUGAGAAGACGGAACGGCCUUUACAAAGAAAAGUAUAUCCAGAUGAAGUAGUGAUAGCUUUUUGUAGCAAAAACGCUGUCAAAAGAUUGAUAUAAAUUGC